GCCCACGCCUUCGCGGAAGGCCAGAUAAGAAAUGUGUCCAGUGCGCCACGCCGUCUGUUUCCAAAGCGACCCCGGUGCCUCUUAGCAACCACGCGAGCGGCCGGGGUGGGCCUCCGGCGCCUCUGCCAUGGCCGCGGCGAAUCCCAGUGUCUUCCUGCUCAUGGUCAAUGGGCAAGUGGAGAGCGCCCAGUUUCCAGAGUAUGAUGACCUCUACUGCAAGUACUGCUUUGUGUAUGGCCAGGACUGGGCCCCCACGGCGGGUCUGGAGGAGGGAAUCUCACAGAUCACUUCCAAGAGCCAAGACGUGCGGCGAGCCCUGGUGUGGAACUUUCCCAUCGAUGUCACCUUUAAGAGCACCAACCCCUUCGGCUGGCCACAGAUCGUGCUCAGUGUGUAUGGACCAGACGUGUUUGGGAAUGACGUGGUCCGAGGAUAUGGGGCAGUGCACGUGCCCUUUUCACCUGGCAGGCACAAAAGGACCAUCCCCAUGUUUGUGCCAGAGUCUACGUCUAAACUACAGAAGUUCACAAGCUGGUUCAUGGGACGACGGCCGGAGUACACAGACCCAAAGGUGGUGGCGCAGGGCGAAGGCCGGGAAGUGACCCGAGUCCACUCUCAGGGCUUUGUUACCCUCCUUUUCAACGUGGUGACCAAGGACAUGAGGAAGCUGGGCUACGACACUGGGCCUGCAGACAUACAUGGCAUCCCAGGGCCCAGCCUGCCCCAGGGCAUCCCCAGGUGAAGAACGUGAGUCUGGCCAGGCAGCCAAGUAGCCUCCUGUUACUCAAGGAUGUCUUUCUGGAGUCAGCCACUGACGCAUCAGCCUUAAGUGCAGCCUGGUGCUGUUGGGGGUUUGGGCACAACAAAAUAGUUUCAUAUAAUAAAGUCACUUUUCAGAGAACCAGAUGGGGCUGCUUUCUAUUCCCUGUGCCACCCCCAUCCCCACGUGGGAGCAGGCCUCCAAGACCCUGCCUCAUCUCCAGCCCUGUGGAGCACUAUGCUGGGUAGAGGCUGCGGGAGCCCCCAAAACUCAGGUGGCUGGCCAAGAUGGGAGACUGGACAAGCCCUGUGGCGCAACACCUUGGCAUCUGUGAGGAUCCUGGGCCACUUGCACACAGGUCCCUGUAGUGUUCCAACAGGAAGGCCUGAGAUGAAGUCCCCUUGCCUGCAUGCACACACACCCUGGCGAGUCAUGCCCUGCAGCUUCCCCUUCUACAGUCUCAGGUGAACACUACAGAGCCCCCAGACUGCCACAGAGCUUCCCUCAGUACAGCAGAAUGCCAGGCUACAAACCACUGCAGGUCUGGCCUAUCACUGGAGCUUGCCCUAAGCAACCAUCUGAACAGACCCUCUUAUGUUCUCUUAUCUCUCAGGGCACCCCCAUCCCUUGCCCGUCACUGUGUGUUCUGGAACUCCUGGUCUGGCCUCAGCAAAAAUACUACAAUUCUAACCAUCUCUGAGGCUGCCCCAUUCCCUAUACCACUCUUGAGUAGCACUUCUUUCCUCUCAUUCUCAUGUACCAUGGGCCCAGAAAUGGGGUGUGUCCAUGCCCCUCAUCAUUUCCAGACCAUUUCUUCCUAGCUUCCAGCAGGCCCAGCCAUCAAACCACACUGGCCACCGUCUGUGUCAACAACAAUAUGCCUACAUUGCCUUUUCUCGGGUUUUUUUUGGUGGGGGGGUACAGGGAUCAAACUCAGGACCUUGUGCUUGCAAGGCAGGCAGCAGCAUCACUGAGCUACAUCCCAGCCCUCUCCAGCAGAUAUUCUUGGUGGCACUGCAGCCCAAUCUCUGCUUGGAUUGACCUUUAUCUCAACCUUGCAGCCGCUCAUUUCCAGGGUCAGAGCUGCUUGUUAUCAGCUACUGCACCAUCUUAGAUCUAAGCAUCCCUCUCCCAGACCACUUUCUCAUAGGUCCUCUGGGGCACCCAGUCCAACUGUCCACCCAAGACCAAGCCACCAACCAGCCUCCCCUCUUUUGCCAAUCAACUCUUCCCUUUCUAGCCUCCAUCUUUCAGCACUGGUGGUUGUCAUUACAUGCACUCAUCUAUAAGCCCAUGGAACCCUCCUGUCCAAUAUACCACUUGUCCAAACCUCAUCCUGCUGGAAACUCCCCACCUGCUGCUCCACCUGCCCAAGAUUGGAGAAUGCUGGCUGGCCUACCUUCCAUCCCUGCUGCACUCAGAGGCCUUCAAUCUGCCCAGAGCCCAGCUGUAAUUCUCAGUCUCUGAGAAGACUCUCCACACCUGUCUCUUCAGCCCUCCGGGACCCUUUCCACCCCUCCUUGAAGCACUCCCACCUGGUGCUACAACUCACACCCCAGAGAGAUGCCACUUUUCUGAUUCCUUCCUGAGGUUCCUCACUCAGAAAUGCAGAGGCCUCUUGCUUCUCACAGAUGUCACAAAGUGCCCUUCCACUACCAGAAUGGCCUCAGGAAGCAACUACAGGCAGGAAUCCCUGAGGACCUCCACUUCUUGGCCUCUUGAAGAUCUUUUGUCUAUCAUCUAGCUUUGUCUGUGUACUAGGAAGUGAACCUAGGGAGUGCUGAGCCACAUCUCUAGACUUGUUUUGUUUUGUUUUUUGGUUACUGGGGAUUGAACUCAGGA